AGCCCCCGGCCUGUCCCCUGGACGAUGGCACUCCGGCUCCACAGGGGCUCGGGUCAGCCAGGCCACCCGAGCAGCAGCUCCAGUCUCUGGAAAAGCUGCCAAGGAUGGGUGCUCACUGAAAUGGGAGGUUUUCAACCCGUAAACCUGGGCUGUUUUUUCUCAGGAGAUGCUGUGUGAGGAAGGGAAAGCGGGGGAAACAGUGCAGUCUGGAAGCAUAUGCAAGUCUAAGACAAGUUCUUUCUUGUAACUUUGUCCUUAUUUGUGUCCUUUAUAGCUUUUUCAGUACUACUUUUGUUUUCUUCCAAAAGGAUGCUUGGUUUGUGGCUUCCUAUCAAUUUUGCUUGUGAUCAGUGUUUUAUGUUGGUCAAAACUUCAUUCUCUUUCCCUUCUGGAACUGUUUCCCUCUCUCUGUCUACACCAUGGCUACAAUUGCUAAAACAGACUUUUUUUGUGAUGUUGCGUGUUGCCUUCUAACAAGAAGGGAUGUUCUAAGUGGAUCACUUGAGACACGACCUAUGAUGUGGAAAAGUAUGGCAUUAAUUUUGGAGUUUUGUGUAGUGAUUCAAUGGCAUAGGUUUCCUGAAGUAGAUAGUCUGGAUUGCUGCAGCAAGAAAUAUAAUUUUGUUUUUAGUUUCAGUGCAAAUGCUAGAGUGGUUCGAGAAAAUGUAUUUGAACUGCUAAAACUUACAUAUUAAUUAUUUCUCCUUGAGAGGACUGCAUCAGAAAUAAGCAGUUAGGUGUUGGACUGGCAUCUGUCUAAUUCACUUACAUUUGAAGCGCUUCUCUUCCUUCUCAACACAAGUGAAAAGAUGGGGGGGAAACCGCAGAAGGGGUAAUAUCUCUUCAAACUGUUCUUCAUGUGAAAAGUCAGCAGAAAACUUGAAUGCCGUACUGCCCAUUUUCAAAUCCAGCUUCAUGUACUACUGCCUGCUCAUAGUGCUUAAGAACCAACGCUGGUUAGGGUUUGGUGGUGGAGAAAGGUCUUACAGGUGUUUCUGUGCUAAAGUGGUGUCUUGAAGCUUGAGUUGACGCUUGAGACCAAGCUACCACAAACAGUCCAUCAGUGACACCAGAAUACAGUGCAAAUUUUGUCUUCUCUACCACCGUGAUAAAAAUUCAGGAUAAAUCCUCCGGCAGUUGUGGCAAACUGCUCUAGUAGCUCACAUUGUCCUAAAAGCAGUUUUCUUUUCUUUCCUUUUUACAUGUCGUCUUCAGCGUUGGUCAAGUCUACAUUCCAAUUAUGCUUUUGCAUUUUCUGAAUUCCUUUAAGUUCUUGGUGCAAGCUGGGGAGACUAUAUAUGUUCCAUUACCUGAAGCUGGUGAUCAUCAGGCUGAGCAGCAAAAACCUGACUCCUUUUAGUGGACUGAAAAGAAACAUGCAGCCUUGUUUAACCCUUAGUUUUGGAAGGUGUUUAUAAUCUGUCAUAAAUAAAAAAAAAAAAAAAUAGGGCUUCUUCCCAUCUGCUUUCUUCUCUUUUAGUUUCUGCAUCUGCAGGGUCAUCUGCAGGGACUUCUGGAACUAAAAGAUGGAUCCUUCUAGUUCAUUUAGGAGCUAUACUUUUUUUCCUUUGGCUUUAGAGCAUAGGGUGAAGGGUGACAGAAGGAGACAAAAGCAAGAGACCUGCAUCCAGUAUCAAAGAUGUGAACGUGAAGUUUAUUUAAACAGUAACAAAACAAUGUUUUCUGUUCUCAGUUCAUGCUCCUGAGCCUUCUGUUAGCAGAGUGAAAAAUGAACACUAAGCUUAGACUGCCUACAGUGACCCCUUUUGAGUGACGUCUGCUAAUAUAUGUAAAUGCAAUAGUUUUCACUAAGAAAAAGCAGACACUGUAAAUUCAUUGCUUUGUAUUUAAUCCCAUUUAGGAACAAAAUGUCAGCCGGAGAUCAAUCAGGAUCCUUUUUUUUAAUUCCUUAAUCAACUCCUACCUAAUCUCUUGGAUAGGAAAGUAUCUUCUGCACAGUUUGUCAUUUUACUGUUCACAACCUUUUCCAGAUGUUUCAUGAAGAUGAGCAGCACAGAUCUCAACACUGAUUCCUGUGGGAUUCCACUGGUGAAGUGGAUGAUGUACUGGAUUGUGUUUGCCUUUUUCACCACUGCAGAAACACUCACAGACAUAGUUCUUUCUUGGGCUGAGAGAUGCCCUGUUUAUGGAGUUUUCAUGGCUAUGGAUGAAAGACUAAAUGAUACUCGAAGAAGGUUUCCCUUUUAUUUCGAGCUGAAAAUUGCAUUUGUGAUUUGGCUGCUCUCCCCUUACACCAAGGGCUCCAGUGUCCUCUACAGGAAGUUUGUGCACCCAACGCUCUCCAAUAAGGAGAAGGAAAUUGAUGAAUACAUUACUCAGGCUUGUGACAAGAGCUACGAAACGAUGAUGCGAGUUGGCAAGAGAGGGUUAAACCUUGCUGCCAAUGCAGCAGUUACUGCAGCUGCAAAGGGCCAGGGAGUUUUGUCUGAGAAGCUUCGAAGUUUCAGCAUGCAGGAUCUCACUCUGAUCCGAGAUGAAGAUACUGUGCAUAUGCGAAGCCGUGAUCCACAGCUGCACCCCUCUGGUGCGAGUCUUCUGGAACCUAUUGAAGACUCAGCUUCCUGUUACUCCUCGGGAGAGGAGAGCAGUGUGGCACAUCGGUCUAAUGGAACCCCAUCAGACACUAGAACAGACCCAUCAGAUGAAGAUGCAGGAGACAAACUUCCUAAACGUACCCAGAGUCUCAAAACUCCUAAAAAGGUGAUGAAAGCUGAGCUUCCAGUGAGAAGUGUAAAAGCCCGCCCUAAGAAGAAAGCUGCUGGCUCUCUUGCUUCUGGCGAGUCAUCCUAAGGCGACCUUCCCGCCCAGCACCUGUCUCUGUCCUAGGAUUUGCCUUUUGCUUUCAUGGGGAAACUCUCCAAAGGAAGGGAGCUGAGAUUCUUGUACAUAAUAGAUACUGCUUUACAGAGCUCAUUCCAAGGCAAGGGGGAGGCUGGGAUUCAGAAAGCAGAGUAGAGGAUACAAAUCCUCAGGAAUUUUCUCCUUUUCAUCUCUCUGUUGGAGGGAAUGCUGAUAUGUCUGUACAUAGCCAGUUGCUUCGGAAUUCCCACUGUAUAACUAACUCUAGUUGAGAAUCUUUGCUGGAAAAACCGACUAGGGUUAGAGACAUCCAUUGCACAGAAGCUGGAAAAAUACUAGACACUGGAGUUCCACAGGGUGUGUGGCUCUCUAAAAUGUCUUAUCUUGCUCUGGGUAUUCUCCUGCAGCUGUGUGUGGUUAAGAAGUGUCCACCAUGAGUCAUAUUCCUUUAGAAUGGACUGUACCUAAUAUGUCCAUUACCUUUGAGAAAGUGACUGAAGUGAUGUAUGCUGAGUGCUUUUGAACAUAAAGGACUGGCUCAUGGGAGGUAUAUGCUAGAGUCCUGUUACUCAUACUGGAAGAUGAAGAGAUUGGUUUUUGUUUUAUUUUUUCUGGAAGGUGAAGGGAGAUAAUUGGAAAAACUAAUAAAGAAAAUGUGCUAUUAGAUGCACAUUAUAUGAUGAAGUAGUUAAGAGUUACUCUUGAGAAGGAAAGUUUGGCAUCUCUAAGAUUCUGGCUCUUUUUGAAGCUGCUGGAUUUUAUUUCAGGUUCUAAUGCUUACUCUGACUCCGUGAGAGCAUCAGAAUGAGGUGAGUCACGUGCAGUAGGUCCCAUGCAGUUCCAUGGAAAGCAUACUCGCUUUGCCAUUUGGUGGUUGAACCCAUGUCAUCGUGUUGCUUGCUGCUUCAGACAAAUUCUUUUAUUCUAGCAGAUUGGGAAAAUCUGUCUCAAAAUAGACUGCGGGCAUACUUGAGAAUUUCAGAAGCCCUCAUCUCUCAGCUUUAGGAGAGUCAAUCCUCAGGACAUGAAAACCGAAACAGUUGAUUUAUUAACAGUUGAGUUCCGUUAACUUCAGGAUUUCGUUUAUGGGGGUUAAAAAGCAGGGACUAUGGCACAAUACUGUGAUUAAUCAGUCCUCUUGCUUUAUCCUGCUGCAGCCCUUGCACAGAUUUUCUGUCUGCCAUUGUGCCAUGUUUAUCAGUGUCCUGAGACUCAAGCAAUAGUUAACACUUGGGACAGAAAACUACAAGGAAUGUAGAAUAUGUAUUGUGGGAGUGAAAUUGCAGUGCUGCAGAGAAAAUUUGCAUCAUGCCGAGCCAUACUAAUCUCUUGGACGUUGCUAAGGGGAGAUCCCCUGUACAAAUGCCAGCUGAGUCAAUGAAAAUUUAUGAGAUAUAUGAGUAGAGUUCUUGUUAUUAAGAUCUAUAAUGAAGGUGCACCAUUAUAGACAUGGGUGUCUGAAUGCAUACUAGAUGGUCUUAAUUUUCACUGAAAUUAAUUAUCACAGGAACCUCCAUACAGGUGUUUGUGUCCCAUACUUUUGCUGUCACAUUUCUAAAAUUACAGUGAAUUCUUCACAGAGAGCCCAGUAUUUUGCUGUUGACAAGCUAUAGAAGCACUUCUGCAACUAAUGCUCCACAAGUAUGUCUGUAGCCUUUCAAAAGUUUAUAAAGUUGAAGAUUAGGAAAUAAGAAAUUUUCUUAUUUCCCAUUGUCUUGGUGGCAAAUUUUUUGCUCUCGGAUUGACCAGUUAUUUCAGGAAGCCAAUUAAGUUGGGUUUACUAUUUUUCACAGCUUUUAAAAAAUUAAAAAUCUUUACACUCCAUGUUAGAAACUUACAUAUUGUGAGAAAUAUUUCUCCUAAAUUAUCCACAUGGCCUUAUCCAGAAGCCAGUAGAAAUUCCUUGAUUCUGAGUUUAAAAAAAACAGUUAUUCUUCUCUUUUUUGGUUUAUUAGCAAACUUCAUAUUCAUGUCUUACUAGCACAUGCAAUGCAUGCAAAUGAAGUAGGAAUACUUCCUGUUUCCAAAUGAAAUUCCUCUCUCCAAACAGCAUAAAAAUCUUUCAUGGUUAUGUGAAAGAUCCAGUCAUUAGGAAUCGCUUUCCUAGAUUUUACUGUACUGAGCAAGAGAGAAGCAUUCUUCUCUAUAUACCAAGUAUGUCUAUGAACAUGUUUCUUGAUUAUUUUUUUAAAUUUUUUUUAAUCAAAAUUUUGCAUAGCAAAUUAUUUAUGUAAAUCAUUGUGAGGGAUUUGACUUGGAGGCCAAGUCUCCCCUUGCACUGAUCUUCUCGCCCUUUCCUUGUGCCUGCUGUGAUAGUCUGCAGUUACUAGGUUUCCACAGAGUUGCUUUCCAGAAUCUUCUCUAGAAUCCAUUUAUUUGUAGUGGCUUUUCUGAUUUGAAGCACAGGAAGAAUUUCUGAAGAUUCAGUUCUGGUAUUUGGAUUUAUCUUUGUCUUCCUAAGCUAGGUUCUGUGCUAAGCAGCUUUUACUUAGCAUUGAUGCUUGAUGUCAUUAGCUUGUGGGUAAACAAGGGGAAUUGGCUUUUGUUUGCAAGAGUGAGUCUGCAGUAGAGUCAGGGACUGUCUAGUGUGCAGUAUGAAGCUGAUGAUGUCGAGCAGCAGAACUUACCCAGAGCAAGAGCAAUGUCUUAGCACGGAUACUGUUUUCUUCUUCUAGUACAAAUGUGACUGCUAGAUUGUGCUUUGCUUGAUCAAAGCCACUGCAGAUCUGCCACCACCCACGUGACCUCUUAGUCAGUUUCUAGAUACAGUUCUGCAUUGGAUGGCACUGUCUUGCAUAGAAAUUCUCUUGUUAAUGAGAGCGCUGAAUGUGCUGUUUUGAUAAAAUGCUUUUAUCAGCUGCUGUUUGGUGUUUUCAGCAGGAAAUGCUGGAAUGUAGUUUCUCUUCAGUGUCAUCUGUGGGCUUCAUUGUGCAAUUAAGCAAAUGGUUAAAUCUUCACCUAGCAGUAGAACCUAUUGUGUUUGGUAAAUGUUUAGAGCCUUUUCCUAAUAUGCCUGGCCACGGAGAGGAGUGUAAUAGGAGAAAAUUAUUCUUGAAGGUGGGGGCUGAAGAGGGUGGUAUGGGUGUGUCAAACUUUGUGUGCCUAUAAGUUAUCCUAAAAUACCUGUACCAUGACAUACAAAGUUGAAGCCAUGACUGCCUUUUGAAAAGAAAUGUUUUCCAUGCUUUGUAGUGUUAUGAGUCAGUGUUCUGCUGUUGGAUAAGAAAAUAGUGAAAUAUGGUUUCCUAUCUGAGAAACUUAAUGAUUUGUUGCAUAAAAGGGAAAAAUGUUUUCUUGUUGGCAGUAAUCCUCCGUGGAGAGUAAGAAGUGUGAAAAUAUAGGGGAGACAACUGUCAGGUUUUAAACCUUUAUACAUUACCUAAAUAUCUUUAUUACUUACUUUUUAAAAAUUGAGUUUGUGAUUCUCCAGCUUUACGUUUCUGGGACUGGUUUCUUUUAGACUAGAAUAAUUUCCUUGGUAGGUAGAGCAUAUAUGAAGAGAGGGGUGCUAGUGUUCUUCAAAUUGCAAAGCUUGUUCUGGGGAAGUUUCACCUUCCCUCAUUUUAAUGAAUUGAUUUCCGUUCAUUGUACUUUUGCAGUGCUGGGCUUUCUUUUAUACAUCCCUCUUGGAAGUACAACUCCCUCACAACAGACUUUCUUGGAAAGCAAGAUUUCUAGAGAACCACAACUUUCCAGAAGUGAUUAUUUAUUCUGUGCCAUCUUAAUCAGCAGGAAAUUUAGUGCCUUAGGAGAAAAGUAAGAUUUAUAUGCUGGUUCUCUGAUCUGCACAUAGCAUUGUAUUAAGGAGGCUCACAAGGUAACUGUGAAGUGUCAUUGUAUGCUUGAGAGCAGCUGUUGAACUGAGCUGAUUUCUUUCUGUCUUCCAAAGUUGCAUGUAAUGCUAGAAAGUGUGGAUUGUUCCCUAGGAGAAAAAUCUAGGGAAAAAAGUUGUAUUCAUAUGGGGGCACUGUAUUGUCACAUUACUGCUUGCUGGGGAAAUACUGAAUGACAUCUCUAUGUAACUGGUCUGUACUAUAGCUUUUAUUGCUUUAGGCACUAGAAAUUUGUAAUGUGCUGUCUGGCUGAGGCAGGUUGUGGUGCUGCUUUGUGAGUUAUCUUGCAAAGUCAGAUACAUGAAAAACCAGGAAAGUAUUCCAAAGUUACAUGAGCUUGUAGAACUACAGAGGUGUCAGAGUUGGAAGGGGCCUCUGGAGGUCCUCUGGUUUGACCUUGCAACUCAGUCAGGGCCGCCCACUGCCAGUUCCUGUGUGCUAUUUCUGGUCUAGAAUCUACUGAGUUUAAUGUUUAAGACCUUGAUAAUAUGUGCAGAAAUGCAUAUGCUGCAUGAGAAUGUGCUUUUGUGUUACUGAGGAGAAAUGUUUCCCAGUCACUUUUCAUCUGGUAUUUGGCUCUGUUGCAAGACACUAUAAACAUAACUCAUUCUUAUGUUCCUUACACGUAUUGUUAAAACACCUAGAGGCAUCAAAAAAUAUCUUAAGAGGUAUGCAGAUGAAGUUGUGAAAACAGUUGGUUUUAACAGUAGAUGGAGGCAAUAAUUGCAUAGCAGCUAAGAACCUGUCUUAUGAGAUACAUAAAUAGAUAGAAUUAGAGUAGAAAACGAGCUGUGUAUAGUAGAGAGUUGUCCAGCAAAUACUGCUAACUUUCUGAGCCUCAAGCAGCACUUAAACUCGGCAUUCUACAGAUGAGAGCUUGAUUUCUCUUUUGAGCCUGAUUUCUCUCUUAGAGUCAAUCUCUGUCUGUUUCCUUCCCUCCCUUCCCCCUUUCGUUCCACCCCCUCCCCAACCCCAAUCUUCUAAACUGGGCUUCAGCUACAUACACUGAGAUUCUUCAAACUUUCAUCCCUUCAGAACAAUAAAGUUUGACUUUUACCUCAGCAGGCAACUGAUCUGCAGGGAGGACCAGAUGAAUAUCAAGUAUCUGUCAUCACUUUGUAGAUGUCUUAUGCUGGAGAAGUACUAGCAGGAAGCUCCAGAAGAUAUGUUUGCCCCAGAAAUUCUACCCUCUGCCCCCUGCCAAAGCCUGCAUUUUUGGGUAAACCAAAUGCUGGACUUAGCUGUGCUCAUACACACAGUUAUCUGUAGAAUCCCAAAAUUCAGUGUCAGAAUUUCUAGUGCUCUAUUCCUGAUGAUAACAGGAGUUAAAAUAAUAUGAAAUGAAAAGAAACAGUGGCAAAUUGGUGGGGUUUUUUUCCUGCAACUUUGCAGGUAAAUUUAGGUCAUUGCUAUUCACAUGCCUAAAAUCUUUGCCUAAAGCCCCUUGCAAGCUAUGUGUUACUUUCUUGCUCUCUUUCUGAGCUUCUGUUCUUCUGUGAAUUGGUUAUGUUUUUAAUGUUUACUCUUAUUAAGCAAGGACUGGCUUCCAUUUUACUGACUGUGGAGAUUUGAAAUAUACUGUAUUAGAGCUGUAAUAUAGCCUUUUUUCAUUAUUUAAACCUAUGACCUAGAUUAAUACAUGUAACUUGUACAACAAGGCCUAAGGCCGGAUUCCCAGGUGGAACGUAAGCAUCUAUUGCAAAUAGCAUAGUUUGAUGUAUUUCCCUUUUCUUGCAGUGAAUUCUGACUGAAAUGUGCUUACUGCAGACCCUUUGGACAAGAGCAUUCUGUCAGGGUUUAACCAGAUAAUGUUAGAAGUAACAUUUAUGGGAAUACUGCAAAAAUAAGUGAUCACUAAAGGAGCAAAAGCUCAAGUCUUCUGUAAUAUAUCUGUCUGAGACUAUGUAAAACACUAAAGCAUUUCUGGCGGCAGUAGAAAUACAUUGCUAUACUGACUUAGAAAGGUAGGAAAUUCAGUCAUGGUCUUUGUAGCAGGUUUGAGAGGAAAGUCAAUCUGGAUGGCAAGCAUAUAAAGUUUUACAUAUCAGGGAACUAAGUUUUUAUCACAAGUAGUGCUUAGUAGCUUACCAAAAAGAAAGAAGUUGAAAAAUUUUGGUGACUAUUAAAUGGAGAGGAAUUUUCCUGAUCGUCAAACCUAGUAUUGAAUAUAAACCUUCUGUAUUCAUGCUGCUGCCUUAUUUGGGAAAGCACUGAGUUAAGGGACUCUUUAUUUCUGGCUCCUCUGUUAGAUUAUUUCUGAAAUCUCAAAUUAGAGAUGCUUGGGUUUGACUCAGCAUUUUAAUGUCGAAGUCCCCAUUAGCAUAGUGCUAAUCCACGAGGGUUGUGGAUUACUCUUUGUCCACCAGAGGGUAUAAGCGGAACAUAAAAUCACUGACUAUCUCACAACGGUUAGUUCAAUUAUGACAGUUGAACAGCAAUAUUUCCUAGGUAUGCGUGAAGACCCUACUUGGGGAUAAGGAGCAAAACAAGCUGGGGCUCUAAUGGAGAAAUAUGAAAUAAUACUGCUGUUAACCUCUGACUGAAAAGGCUGUUUAAGCUUUCUGGGCAUUCUAAUUGAGCCACUAUCCAAUGCAGCUCACUGAGACAAUAGUGUUACAGAACAACUGUCCUCACUUUUUUUCUUUUGUUCUACAUUCAAACCAUUUUUUAGCUGUAGGAAGCAGCUCUGAAAAUGGCAAUGUUUUGAUUCCAGCCCCCACCAGGGGGCUUCCCCCCCCCCCUUUUUUAUUAAUUAACCAAUUGCUGUGUGCUGUUCUACUUUAUACUCUGAAUUUUAGUAGUAUUUCCUGGUAAGGAUGAGUAUUUUCUUUUGGUUGGAUUUAUUUUCUGUGAAAAGAGAAGCAAAUUUAAUCUAAAAAUACAGAUCUAUCUGAUGUUACUAUGGUAAUUUGUGACCAUGGCAACAGAGAGUUAGCAUUCUGAAGAAUGGGCAGACAGAUGUGGUUGGUUUUUUUGGGGUUUUUUUUUUUUUGAAGUCAACAACCUAAUUAAUGGUGUACUCAUUUCACAAAAAGAACCUGACUUUUAGUAUUUGUUAGCAGUACAAGAGCAUAUGGGUCCGAGGGAUUUUAACAUUCUUACAUAGAAGAGCUGAUCUGAAUGAGCAGACAGUGCAGUGGAGGAAAAAACUGGCUUAAUGGCCAUGCCCAAGGGGGCAGAUCAGUGCCAGAAAGUCUACUCAGGGGCAUACCUCGGGUUAGGCCCGUUCUCUUCAUUAAUGAUGGGGAAGUGUCAGCAAGUGUCCUGGCAAUACAAAACUGAGAUGACUGGCUGGAAGUAGCAAGAGGAACAUAGGUUAUUUUACCUUCACUCUCAAAACACAUGGAAAUCCUAGUAGGAACAUAACGUAACAGUAUGAGAUUCUUUCCAAUGUUCUGAAAACCUUCUAUUUACAACAGCAAAGAUGGAGACUUGCAGACUGAAGGAGGAUCCAAGACAUACCAGGAGGUUUCUGUAGGAAAGAAAAAUAGAAUUUUGAGUAGUCCUGGGGAUUCUUCAGUGUCAGACUUCAGAGAAAAACAAGGAGAAUAAAAUAUAUUUAAUAUGUCUAUUUUUCCUUCGUAUGAUCAGAGUUAGGUAGACCAACACAGUGCUUUUGGGCGGGUGCUAAAUUUCAAGCACAAGCUGUGGCUUGCCCUGGUGUGUCCCAUCCCAAGAGCAUGUACUGCAUUCUACGAAACAUUUAGUAAUGGUUUAAGGAGUUAUAGGAAAAUAACUUGUUAUUGAGGGAGUUAGAAAUGGGCAUUUGUGGCUAAGUCUUGUACUUAGUGUAUUUAUCUCUGCCAGUGUAGAGCUAACAUAAAGGCUCUCUACUGACAACACUCAAUGUCAGUUUUAUAGGAAGAGUGCAGAUACAAGUUUAGCCAAAGCCAAAACACAGAUUUUUUCCAAGCUUUUCCUUUUUUCUAGGCUCUGUUGGCGAAUCUAGCAACUGAAUAGCAAUUAUAACAUUGCUGCUAUCGCUUGCUUAUUUGGGGCAAUGAAUAUAUUGAAUUAAAUAGAAUUAAGCAGCAUUUAAUAGCUUAAUUUUUGUAAAAGCCAGCUGUUGUGACCAUUCUGUAUUUACUGCAAGAAUAUGGUAACUGAUGCAUGGAGCCAUUGUAAGGUGGGAAGGCUAUUUCCUCUGAAAAGGGAAAGCAGAGAAAAGGCCAACCCAAACGGAACUGGUUCAGCUAGUGCAGUCUUCUGUCUCUGCUACUGCUCAGUCUAUUUGAUGACCAGAGGGUAAUUUGGAAUUAAACACAUGGUGGAAAAUACCUCAUCGUGACACUGUCACCUUUUUACCCAUGUGCUGAAGCACAGUGGUGUUAAAUGACUGGGUUAAUGGAGUUUUCCUGGGAGGGGGAGUUGUUUGAAUUCUGUCACUAAUUUUUUGUACUCAUUAAGUUUGGUCACUUGCUGCAGUAUAAUGACUUAAAUGUACAAAACCUAAAUCUCAUGUUGUGUUUGCUUUAAUACCCAGACCCUUCUUAGGUAUCUUUUAACAUUCUCUUUUUUGAAGAACCUAUUUUAAAGGGCCCAUUACUUAUAUUCUGUUUCUAUCCAGAGUGUAAUACAAAAGGUUUUAUCAAUGCAGAUGUGCCCUCAUUCCUUAGGGUGGCGGCUAAUCCUUAUUUCUCUUCUCAAUUAUUUUAACAUUUCCACUAGAAGUGGUUUUCCUGGCUAAGUUCCCUUUUGAGGGAUCAGGGUCAUAAACAUGGAAAGACAGCCCUUCUGUUUGGGUUAAAGAGUAUUUGGAAAAGGUCAUUAUUAUACUGUGUCUAUUCAGGCUGUAUCCACUUGCUGAAGAUUGCUGAUGAGACCAAAAAGGCAUCAUCUAAGGACUAAAUUUUGAACCCUACUUCUUGCUACUGUCACAUGUGGGUCUCUCUGAUUAGUGGUGCUCCCAAGCACAACUGAUCACAAGUCUGUGAUGGCACCUCUAAAGAAAAAGUUGCUGUGAUAAGGUUUAGUUAUUAAUGUGGGUGGGGGAUAAAGGUUCUGGAGGUUAUUUAUUCAGUUUUUGUUUCCAGUUUAUUUUGACAGAUAAAUGUCUCAGAUACUUUGAAUUUAAAUCUAUAUGUGUCAUUCAAAUAGGCUUAUAGAUGUAUGAGUUGAAGGUAUGGCUUUUUGUUCUUUGCUAGCAAGUUUACAUACCUUUCUCCCACCUCAUGCCCCAGUUCCUUGCUACUGAUGCCUGUGGAUAUUGUUUUUAAAAAUGCUGUUUUAUCUUCUCAAGUUGUGCUCCUAAAUAAUUUUAGUUUAUCUUCAUGUCUAACGUGUUUAGUCUUCUGCCCUUCCCCCUCUCCAUUGUUGAAUGAAUAAAGACAUGAAAAUGCA